UAUAUUGCAUCCGAUUUAAUGUCCUGUAUGAUACCAUCCUUAUGGUUAAGUUACGAAAUGGAGACCUCACAUAUACUAUUCAUUACAUUAUGUUUAAUGAUUUUACCUCACUGGAAUAAACUUCAAUCCACAGAUCACGAUCAAGGUCAAGUAAGUUACCCUAUGUGUGUCGAAAGCGAACUUGGUAUGGCACUUGUAGAUAGAGGGAAGGAGCCUUUCCAUGGAUCUUUUAAAAACAAUACAAGCACUUCUUGCACAAGCCACUGCUUGAAGUUAGAGUACAAGUUUGCUGGAACAAAGGAAAAGCUCUGCUAUUGCGCUGACAGCAUUCGAAAUGAUACAGAUGCAGCCACCUGUGACAAAGAAUGUCCUGGCGAUAAAAACGAAGUUUGCGGUGGUGAAGAAGGGAUAUCGUGUAGGUACCAUUUAAUUUCUAUUUCAUGUUUGUUCAAUAUGAUCAUUGUACGGAAAAUGUAUUUAAAAGAAUAA